AUGAAAACCAGACGCUCCACGUUAUUGAAGCAGGAAACUGCCAAAACAUCACCCUACUUCAAGAAGGAGCAAGUCAAGACAAUCAAACAGGAGACUAAAAUCGAGCACAUCCCACAAAGCGUACCAGACAACGUAGAUGUUGACUUGAAAGUACUCUUUGUAGGCAUAAAUCCAGGUCUGACAAGUGCUGCGAAGGGCCAUCAUUAUGCAGGUCCCACAAAUCACUUUUGGCCGUGUUUAUCAGAGAGCGGCUUAGUAGAUCGUAAAGUGACAUUUGCAGAUGAUGUAGAUUUACCAGCACUAUAUCGAUUGGGAUUCACAAAUCUGACUGCAAGAGCAAGUCGUAGACAAACUGACUUGUCGCUCGCGGAACAGAGAGAAGGCAUUCCAACACUGAAUCACAAGUUUGAGACACUUCGUCCGAGAGUUGCAUGCUUUGUAGGAAAAGGCAUCUACGAGAUAUAUUCGAACAAGAAAUGUAAUACUAUGGGUCUCCAACCGAAAGAGCAUAAUAUCAAAUGGCUAUCCGCAGAUGGUGAAAAGGGUGAAACUGUCAUGUUUGUCAUGCCUAGUACAAGCGGCAUUGUCACUGCAUACAAGAAGUCUGACAAGACAAAAUUCUUUCAAGAGCUAUGCACUAUCGCACAACAGCAAGAUAAGAUGUAUCCUCUGCUGCGUACAGUCAAAUCGGAAGAUCGGCAGUUGACCUCGAACGGCCAUUCCAAUCCUAAUCAGCAUUGA